AGUGAAAAAGGAAAAAGAUUGAAUAUCAAAUCCAAAAGAGAAUCCAGAGAGAUCGAUCAUCUUCAAGUGAAAAAGCAGAGAAGAAAUGUCAAACAACAAUCCAAUUUUUCCAAUAUCAGAGUCUCAUCACUUCACCGAUUACACUUCCGAUGAUCAUCAGAUCCCUUAUUUUCAGGUAUUGGAAGAAGCUAGAAACUACAGACGAGAUAAUAAUAACGCCAGAUCCAUCAAUUUCAAACUGCAAAAGCCGAUCUCAAAGGACGAAUCGAAGAGGAAGAAGAAGCAGCAAAAGAGGAACAAAUGGUGGAAGAACGCGAUUAUGUAUUUCCGUAAUCGCUGGUCGCCACAAGGCAGCCGCCGUCCGGACGAGAACCGCCGCCGCGAUUACGUCGGAUCGAUAUCCGGUCCGGUUUACUUGACGGAGAGCCGAAGCGGUUCAAAUACUCCAUCUCGGAAUACUAGCCGGCCGUUGACGCCGGCGAGGAAGGGGGAGGUAGAGAUACCGUACUUCUCCCUCAGGGAACUUAACAUGGACCCUCAAUUUUACAAGACCACCUUGCCCAUUUACUCGGUUACAUAAACACUAUAACUAAAUUGUUAGAUUCUUUUAAAUUGCAUUUAAUGUUUUAAAAAACACUUUUUUAUCUUUUAUUUAUUUAACUCUUUAAUUUAUAUUAUUAUUAUUUUUUAAUGUAUCAUUUCAAAUAAUGGAAUGAAUUGAGAAAUAAUU